CGCCGCGGGCCGCGCUAGUGCGUCAUGCGUGUCAGUGCAGUGUAGUGGGGCGGCGGCCCAAACGUUCGAUUAAAGAAAAACACAAAAAUUGAUCCCCAGAUGGGAGUUUACGAGGAGAGGGGGGCGAUGCACUGGCAACAGAGUGAGAGGUACCUAUCUUCGGCAUACGAGGGGGGAGGCGAGCUGUCCCCCGCGGCGCCGGCGGCGUCGCCGGGCUCCCCGCGCGAUUGCACGUCGUGCCGCAAGCGCGAGCCCCCGGACGAGCCCCCGGUGCCCCCGGCCGAGGAGCCCUGCGCCGGCUGCGGCGCCCGCAUCACCGACCGCUUCUACCUCCUGGCGCUGGAGCGGCGUUGGCACACCCCCUGCCUGCGGUGCUGCGAGUGCAAAAUGCCGCUGGACUCGGAGCAGAGGUGCUAUGCGCGGGACAGCAGCAUCUUCUGCAAGAACGAUUACUUCAGGCUAUACGGUUCAAAACGGUGCGCCCGAUGCAACACGACCAUCUCGGCUUCGGAGAUGGUGAUGCGCGCACGAGAUCUGGUGUUCCACGUGCACUGCUUCUCUUGCACGCUCUGCAAUGCUCCCCUGACCAAGGGCGACACCUUCGGCAUCAGGGAUUCAGCAGUAUACUGCAGGCUGCAUUACGACACCAUGCCGGAGUACGGGCCCCACAUGGCCGUGCCGGGGCCGCCCCAGAUGUGCCCCGGCCCGUACGCGGGGCCCCCGCCCGGGCCCCACUACCCCCCCUACCCCUCGCCGGAGUUCUCCCGGGUGGAGGCGGAUGUCCCCAAAGGCCCCUUCUUCAACGGGGCCGCGGCGCCCCCUCCUCGGCAGAAAGGCCGGCCCAGGAAAAAGAAGCCCAAAGACCAAGAAAUUAUGACAGCGAAUCUUGAUCUGAACUCGGAGUAUAUGGAGAUGGGGUUCCGCGGUGCUGGAGGGAUGGGCACCACGUCACGGACGAAGAGGAUGCGGACUAGCUUCAAGCACCACCAGCUGCGCACCAUGAAGUCCUACUUCGCUAUCAACCACAACCCUGACGCGAAGGAUCUGAAGCAGCUGAGCCAGAAGACUGGACUGCCGAAGCGCGUUCUGCAGGUGUGGUUCCAGAACGCGCGGGCGAAGUGGCGGCGCAUGGUGACGAAGCAAGAGAACAAGAUGGCGGAGAAGUGUUCUCCGGACGCGUCGCUGGAGCUGGACAUGUACCACGGGCCCAUGGGCUCCAUCCAGUCGCUGCCGCCGCAUAGCCCGCCCUACAGCGUCAUGGGCGGCCCGCCCAGCCCCAGCUCGAUGGACUGCGCAUAGCCCCAGUUCUGCGCCUUAUGAGCGCCCCGACUGGCUCACCAGUACGCGACUAGUGGAGGGUUCAUGUAGUGUCGGCUAGGAGGAGUGAGUGGCGACGGACUCGUAACUGGGACUGAGGUACUCUGCAGUACGCAGUGAGUUCAGUGAUGGAUCCACGGUUGUGUAGGUUCAGAGCUCGGCACGUGCACGAGCGUGCUCUGUUGAAUUAGAUCUGUUUGUUGAAUCUCAAAGGUUGUAAAUUUCAUCAUUUAAUGUAGUCCGAGUUAGUGCCGGAUUUUUAAUCUCUACAUCGUCUCCCCGGAUGGAGCUGUGCCGGCAUUCGCCUCGCAUCUCCUUGGAACGCGAGCUUCAUCCGAGGACCGGUUAUUAAAUUGGUAAAUUACAGUAGAGGCGUAUUAUAACUACAAUAAUUAUAAUAAUAUACGUCUAAGGUUUCACAAAGACCGAAUAUAUCGAAUAUCACUUUGUAUAUGUUGGUUCUACAAACCGAAACUAUGAAGAAAGUUUUUUUUAUUAAUAUAUUGAAUACUAUUUAUUUAUUGAACAUUAAUAUUUAAUUUGAAUUAAGGUAUAAUUAUAAGAAAUUUUAGGUAGAUGUGAAAAUUUUCCAUAGAUUAAUGAUUAGGUUGUAAUGUAGAAUAGAGAAAAGCGUAAAAAUUGGCCGGUCAAAAACUGAAUGAAACAUUUUUAAUAAAUUUUGGAAAUGUGUCUAAUAAUGGUCUUUUAUGUAGUUGUAAGCAUUAUCUAAGUAUAAUUAUUACUCCGGCUAAAUAAACGCACCGUUAGUUCCUUUUUUUUGUAUAGAUUUAAAGUACUUUAUGAAUAAUCUGAAAUAAUGUUAAUGUAGCAGACUCAAACGAAUAAUGUAACCGUUUCAAUGUAUGCAAUCAGUAUGUAAACCUAUGUAAUUGGAAACAAACUGUCAGCUUGUGCACAAGCCAGGCUUCAGGCCGCACUCACGGUAACAGCGCGGAAGCGGAACCGAGUGCGGGAGCGGUUUGAUAUGUUAUUAAAACUCAGUAUUGAAAUCAACGUCAAGCAAAAAAAAAACUUCAUUUUGGUUCUCUGUUCAAAAACAUAUUCGAGGACUUUUAUAUCUAUAUCAGCGGUACUAAACCUUUUUACGCAUUGACAUUUUCGUUAAUGUAGAAUGUCGUAAGACUGUAAUAAUACAAUUUAUUUGUUAGCUUGACGUUGAUGUCACAGACAAAGAAUAUUUUAAGCAUGUUAAUCUCUGACAUUGUAUUUAUCUAACUGUUACUGUUAUAAGGUGUAGAGAGUUCAUGUUAAUAGUAAUAAGCAGUUGUACGCCUAGUUUUUAAAAAAAAAAUCUUCAUCUGAGUUACCAAAUAUCAGCUCUACUUGAUGCAUGACUAAAAGUAUCUAACUAUAAUUAAUAAUAAUAAUAAAUAUCCUUGGACAUUUUACACUGCGCCUCUAGUCCCAAACUAAGCAAAGCUUGUACUAUGGGUACUAGACGACGGAUAUAAACAAUUAAACAUACUUAAAUACUUUUUUUUUUUUUUUUGUAAAUACAUACAUAUUAUACAUAGAAAACACCCAGACCCGUCACAGAAAUUAAAAUUCAUCAUUUCAAUUUCUGCCCGGCCGGGAAUCGAACCCGGGACCUCUCGGCAUAGUAGUCCGUUCUGAACCACUACACCAAACGGCCGACAGAAUAACAAUAAUUAAAUAUACAAUCAUUAAGGGUUAGAUGUUCAAAUAUAAUAGUUAGGUACCUCCUAUAACUUAAUAUUAAUUAAAGUUUUCGUGUUAAUAAUAGAUUUAUAGUAUUUUCUAUGUUGGUAUUUGGUGGGUCUAAUGAAGACGUGCUUUCUAAUACCCACAUUUAAGCAGUCGGUAAAAAAAUCCGCUCCCGCCCGCGCUCGCACUGUGUGAUGAGGCGAACGACAUCGAAUGUAUGCCUGGGUGUUUAUUCAUAAUGUGUCUAAAAAUUAUAACAAUCUGUUAAUAAAAAUAUUCCAGUUUAUAAAAUAA